AUGGCUCCUACAACACCGACGCUGGAGACGCCGGACAUACAGCUCCUCGAGGACGCUGUGGCCGGCGAUCCCGAUGCCAUUGUGUCGCUACUGCACGCGUUCAGGAAGGAGCUCGCGACGAACCAAAAGUUGGUUCGCGACCAGCAGCGACAGCUCGCGGCGCUGCAAAAGGCGCACCAAGACCGCUUCGAGGCGCUCGAAGACUCGUACCACGACAUGCAAGACCUCAUGGACGUCCAGUUGACGGCGCUCGGAAAGCAGCGCACGCGUUUGAAAGCGCAGACCACUGUGCUCGACGACCUGCUCGAGGCGCAAGACCACGACGCGUUGCACACACUGCACGCAUGA